AUUUUUUAUAAAAAAAACCCCAAAAGUAGAUGGGUUAUGUCACGUGUGUUCUGUUUUAACAGAGGCACGAUUCUAUUCCAGUGUUUGGGGGCGACCUGGACUUAAUCACUGCAUUCCUAUUCCGCUCCUUUACCCUAACCCCCUUCACCACACUGGCACACCAAAUUGAAAUAGUUAUGUGAAUUGUGUUAGCAAUGGUUGGUGCAUCCGCUGAAAAACAAGCUAAUAACAAUGGGAGAAGAACUAAAGCUCCCAAGAGGAAAUGGACUGAGAAUGAAGAUGAGGUGUUGGUGGCCACACUCAUGCGGUUAUGUGAUACUGGAUGGAAAAGGGGCAAUACUUUUAGAAAUGGCUACACUAGUGUUCUCGAGAAAGAGCUCAGCUCUAAGCUUCCUGGACACGACUUGAAGGCCAAUCCUCAUAUUGAGUCAAGGCUUAAAACGUUGAAGAAGCAUUGUGAUGCAAUUACUAAUAUGAGAGGUGCGAGUGGUAUAUUUUGGAACGAUGAGAAUCAUACUAUUAGGUGUGAAGAUGAUGGUAUAUGGAAGGAUUGGGUGAAGGUUCACCCUGAUGCAAAAAGUUUGAGAAAUAAGCGUUUUCCUCAUUAUGAUGAUUUGUGUAACAUCUAUGGGAAAAAACGAGGCACGGAGACGGCUGAUGGCGCAGACAAGGUGCUGGAGGGUGAGGAGGAGUGUAACAAUCCUGGUCAACUGAUUAGAGGUAAUGCUUGUAAAGGAAUUGAAAUUGCCAAUGGUAAAGUUGUUAGGACUGAAUCUGGUGGCAGGAAGAUAGUGUGUGAGAAGGUAGACAAUAAUGCUCGGACUGAUGGCUCAGACGGGAAAUACAAAGGUAGGUUGGAGGACGUGGAGAUUGGGCUUCUAGGGCUUGGGGAGGAAAGAAACCUUCUAGAGAAUGUAGUUUAUGAAUCUGAUAGUGUUGAAGUUUCAUCUGAUGAUGCUGAAGGGUCUCAAAUGAAUAUUGAAGAUGGCUCGUCAUCUAAAAUAAAAACUAACAGAAAGAGAAGACAUAGUGAUGGAUUAUAUGAAUAUCAAGAAGUAGUCAAGAUCCUCGAAGCCUUCCUCAAGAGAUAUGAAGAACAGUUUAAUCUCUUAUGUGGACAUGUUGGACAACAAGCAGCAGUGGAUAUGGGGUCUGCUAAAAAAAGAGAAAAUCUGAAUGGAGAAUUGUUGAAAUUACCAAACCUUAGCUUACAAGCACGGCUUCGAGCAGCUACAAGAAUUAUCUGUGAUCCUUCUAAACUUGACCUCUUUUACAGUCUUAAUGGUGAUGAUAGAGCAGAAUGGGUGUCCAUGUUACUUGCCGGUAUUCUUUGAUACAAGAGGCUCAUGGUCAAGAAUCUGUCAAUCUGCCACAUCUUGCUGUGCUGACUGCCCGAGUUACAUAUAUCCAGAACUGCUGAGCGGUGCUAACUAGUGUCUGAGCUCGUACUUUAGAAUUAAACAUCCACCCUCUCCUCUUCUUGGGUUAGUUCCUGAUGUUCUUAAAACACUGUCACAUGAAAUAGAUAACAUGUCUGAUGCAUAUAAUACGGUGGCACACUUUACCAGGGUUUGAUACUAGCAAUUUCUUCUAGAUGACCUCAUUGCACUAUGGACACAUAUCUUCUCUUUUUUCAGUACUCUUUUAAAUAUACAAUUUAAUCAGUUUAGAGGUUUUCAUAAA